UGGUAUACAAGUCGUCGCUUUCAAACACCGAACAAACCAUUACCAGUGCAUUCAUUGUACAUCAAUUCAUUCAGGUGAGGCAUUGUACACAUACCGACCGGGCCGUCUCAUCUGUUGAAGGUAGUGGAACAGGUAAUUCGCGAUAUUAAUUCUACAGGAUCUGACCAAAGAGAUAUUACAACCACUGAGUUAACUACGCUGAUACAAGAGCUGAAAAUUACCUCUGAAGGGAAGGCUGAAGGCUGGUAAAAAGCACAGUAAUAUUAGCAACCUUUGCAUUCUGUAUUUUCUGAGUUGGACAAUUUGGACUUAAGCAGCAUCUUAUUCGAUAGUGAUGCAUUGAGAAGGAGGAAAGGAUGGGAGCAAGGAAAACAAAGCUUGCAACUGAUGAUAAUGAUGGAAACCGGAAGCAGGUUGAUGAUAAUAGUCAGGACAGCUUCCAACUGUACUCACUGGUAAACUUGAAAGGAGGAGGGGAACUUGUUGAACUCACCAGGGAGGGUAUUAAGACAAAGGACUGGAAACCACUAGAGGACAAACUCAGAAGUGAAUCGGUGAAGAGAUUCCUGUACAAUCAUGGACAAGGCAAAGAUAUCUCAAUCAAGGAACUGGUUAACCGUAGGAACCAGAGCAGAACGGAGAAGGUUGAAAUCAUUGGAGCAGCGUCAAGGCAGCACAGUGCCAACACCAUCAGUCCUGUGAAAGCUGGCGCAAUACGGAAAGUUUGCUGGGACCUAGACCAGCGAGGAGCUGUUGGAGAGACCAUCCUCCAUCUCUGUUUCCUUAAUGCUACUGAGCUUCAUAGUGAGCUUGCUAAGAGAAUCAUCAAAGAAUAUCCUCUCCUUGUUAAUGACAUCUUUCACACAGACCUCUACCAAGGUGAGAGCUGUCUUCACUUUGCCAUCGUCAAUGAAGACUUUACCAUGGUCAAGUUCCUGGUUGAGAAUGGUGCCAACAUUGAUGAGAGGGCUUGUGGCACUUUCUUUCUGCCUGAUGAUCAAAAGAACACCAGGAAGGACACCUAUGACCAUGAAGUUAUUGUCGUGGAUAACAAAACAAACUAUCAUGGACACACCUAUUUUGGUGAGUAUCCUCUGAGCUUUGCAGCAUGUUUGGAGCAAGAAGACAUCUUACGUUACCUUUGGAGCAAGGGAGCUGAUGUGAAUGCACAGGACUGCAAUGGAAACACUAUCCUUCAUAUGACAAUACUUCACAAGAAGAGGGCUCAGUUCACCCAGGCCUUUGAGCUAGGGGCAAGUUGCAGCAUCACCAAUUACCAGGGGUACACUCCUCUCUGUUUGGCAGCAGAGCUGGCAGAUAUUGAAUUCUUUGAGAGCAUCAUUCAUCUAGAGCGCCAAGUUUCAUGGAAAUAUGGUGAUGUAACUUGCGCCCUCUAUCCUCUCUACAACCUGGACAGUAUCGGAGUUGAUGGGAGCGUCAAUGAGAAGUCAGCUCUAUUCACUAUCGUCAAUCAGUCGGACAUUGAUCAUCUGGGCUUAAUGAAGGGUCUGAUGACUAAACUGCUUCACGAAAAAUGGAAGACAUUUGGACGGUUUCAAUUCUACCUGCGCAUGGGGCUCUUUAUAUUCUACUUGAUACUGCUGACAACAGCAUUCUAUCUGCGCCCUGGAAAGGACCGUAAUGCUAGAGAUAUCAAUGUCACUGAUUCGUUUGGAAACACUACGGUUGUGCAUAAGUGGAAUAGGUGUUAUCUGCUCUAUUCAGACACAACCCAAGACAAGUGUCGUCUAGCAUUUGAGUGCAUGACUGUCUUUGGAGCUAUCAUGUUCCUUUACUUUGCAGCUAGAGAGCUCCAUCAUCUUAAAAAGCUCUAUUGGAAUGUACUGCGUAAUGCCCCAGCCAAGGCCAUGUUCCUCUUAUCUUGCUUCUUUGUGAUCCUGGCAUGCUUUGGGCGGAUUCCUCCCUGUGCUCCCUACUAUGAAGAUGUUCUUAUCAUCCUGUGUGUGCUUACAGCAUGCCCUUACUUCCUCUUCUUCUUGAGAGUAUAUGCCCUUGUAGGUCCAUUCAUCUUCAUGAUCUACAAGAUGAUUCAAGGAGAUCUGCUUAAGUUUCUUCUUCUCUAUCUCAUCUUCUUCAUUGGUUUCUCACAAGCAAUGCACAUUGUAUUUCUAUCCUCUGUGGGUGCUGAAACUAAUUUCAUCGACUCUGCAGUCAACAUGUUUGUCAUGUCUCUAGGAGAGUUUGGAGACGUGUAUGAAAAGUUUGAUGAAACUCGGUACCCGCACAUGGCAAAGUUCUUGUUCUUUGUGUACAUGGUGCUUGUGACACUGCUUCUGGUUAACAUGCUGAUUGCCAUGAUGGGGAACACAUUCAGUACCAUAGCUAAUGCAGACUAUGAGUGGCAGAGACAGUGGGCGAAAGUGGUCCUGGUUCUGGAGCAAUCCUUAUCCCCUGAAGUGCGGCAUAGCAUGCAACUUAUGUACUCUCAACCUGUAUGGGAAGGCCUUCCUGGCAGAGCCAUGGUACAGCAAACAGAGAGAGAGACCCAUGAUGACAGAGAAGUGCAGAAGUCCCGUCAGCGCAACAGCCGUAACACCAAGAUGAAGUACAUUGAUGGGGAAUGGGUGCCACCUCCUAUGAAUGACCGUCCCCGUGACAGUGUCUUAGGGGCACAUCAGCAGGGUGACUCAAAACCUCCCAUGACCCUUGUUGUACCAGAAACAAAGAUCAUUCCGCCGGAUGGGGACUAUGUGUGAUUAUGUAUUCCACCAUUACCAUCAAUGUAUGUUGUGUUGAUAAACCACUAUUGAAAGAAACUUUACAUUCAAGCUACAGUCAAACCAGUCUUCAUGGCCGCCUGUCUACAUUCUCGGGCUCUUUUUCUUUAUCCCUUGGAUGGCUUUUAUGGACAUGUUUGACAGUAUUGAAGAGGCAAGUUUGCAGAUAAUAUAGUACUUUCAUCAUAUACAUCUUAUAAAGCCUGUGCCUGAGUAGGCACAUCACAGGCAUAUCACGGUAACUGGAAUAUUCACAUACUUCAAUGUUUGAAGAUUGUCUUCUAUAUUAGGUUGAAAGGCAUGUGAUAUUGGUUUUUCCCCUUAUCAUUGAAAAUGGGAUGAUUAUAAAUUCAAUUUUUCAACGCUCCAAUGUUAGAUAUUAGGUCAUUUUUUUAGAAGUAGUUAAAUGUCAUUAGACAAGUAGACCUACUGCUAUAUGGGUUAAUAUGCUCGUAGCAAUAGACCUGAUGAUGUAAUCAAGUACAUUUUAGAUAAAUAAACUCAUUAUUAACUUGUGUGAAUCCCAUUAUUCUCUUUAUGUUCCAUGGCAAGUAAUAUGUAACCUAUGUACUGUACAUAAUAUUUAUUGAGUAUAUCAUAUUAAUCAUAAAACAGUUGGACACUCAGAAGUAAAAGUUUAUGCUUUAUAGCAAGUAUUUACUAUUUACUAGUGAUUAUAUUUAUUGAUUAUAUUAUACUAAGCAUAUAAUAGUUUGAGACUCAGAAGUUAACAGUGUCAAUUAAGCACUGUGAGAAAUCUGGGUGUAUGGCACAAUUCUUGUUUAAACAUAGGGAGCCACAUAUCCAACACGUGUUAAUCUGUUUUUUGUUGUUGUAUAUGUUAUACAAUCUUCCCCACAUGUAUAGAUACCAGAAAAAACACUUACAGCCUUGUCCAUGCAUGUAUAAUUAGUAAGCUUGAUUAGACUUAUUCUUUACAUGUAAACAUGCAUGUAAAUUUGAAAUCCACUUGCAUCAAAGUGUAAUCUGACACAUGCUUGGGUGACAUGUGCUCAAUUCAAAUCUUUAUUUCAUCAAAGACAUUGGGUUUAGGGUUCGGUGUGAUUGUAAUUUGGUUGGAAUUUAGGGAAUUUUCUAAUAGAAAUUGACUGUCGAAGCAUUUGUCACUGGAGCAACGGUAAUAGAACUAUCAUUAGCCCUCUUUUUACAAUCAAUUUUUUUUCGCAUUCUCGAUGUGAUUCUGUUACUUAUUUUUUAGGAAUUCAUCUAAGCUCAUUAUACAGCAUGGUCGACAUGUUUUAUGUUUAGUUUUAUCGCACCUUGCUGCAUAUGCUGCUGCAUGUUUAUGAAAUUCAUGUUAUUGUCGCAAUGGCAUUAGAAAAUUGUACAAGUUACAUGUACCAACUGCCAAUGAAGCGGAUGACAUAAUAAUUACCUGGAAGAAUAUGCAUUUGCAUACAGCUCAAUGAUCAACAAAGCAACAUUUAAAAAAAAUAUUACAGUAUCUCCAGCCUUACAUAAAUGUAGUUAAAGGUUGCUAUCAUCAGUCAAGGUACUAGUAGCAUGUUUGUAAUUUAUAUUGUAGAAUGAUUAAGCAGGUGUUGAUGAAUUAUCUUCAGUACUUUCAUUGAAGCUAUAUUUAGUGCUUUGCAUGUAUUUUUUUUUACUUGUUAGAGGUUUGUACAUUUGUGUGGACCAAACUUUUAUGCCAAUAACCUUUAUUAUGAAACAUGAAACUAUAUUUGUAUGACAUUCUGCCCAAAUUAUCAUAGUUAAGCGAGAGAUUCAGAGCUAGGAAAUAAAUCAUUAGAUACAUUUUUAAAGAUUUUUUUCAUUUGUUUUUGGAAACAUCAUCCCAAAGGAUAAGUGUUGGUAUACUGAAAGAUGACCUUUAUUCAUGCCUAUUGAUCUACGAUAUUCCAUCUGAAAAUGUACAAGGAAUAUAUUAAAGAGUAUAUUUUUGGCAUGAUGUAUCAUAUUUUAGCAUGACAUAGGCGCUGCCUUUCUAUAACGUGACACACCAGGCGAACUUGUACAUGUAUCAAACACAAGCUGUAGUUAUAGAGACAUUUUAAUUCAUUAACAAAACCUAUCAUUUUCAAUGAGGGAAAAUCAUAGCAGAGGCGGUAAAAAUAAUAUUUGGAAAAAAAUAAAUAAUA